GUCACGUCCAGCUACGCGCUGGUCUUCGGAAGGGGAGGAGGUGAGGGGUGGGGGGUCAGUCAUUGCGGUAAAAAUAGUGAAGAAAACAGCACCGAAGAGUGAGUUUGCUGCUAAGCUAACGUCACUGCGUUCACAGGAAUACCGGAGCCGUUUUGUUUCAAGUGACUCUUCGGCCCAGAGAUGAAUUUCGAGCAGCCGCCUCCGUACCCAGGCAGUGGACCUUCUGCUCCAGGCUACCCAGGCCAGGGCCCACCUCCCCAGGGCUACCCACCCCAGGGUUAUCCUCCACAGGGAUACCCAGUAAACAUGGACCAGCCCAACCCAGCCUACCCUAACUACCCCGCUGGACCAAUGGGUCCUGGAGGUCCCUAUCCUGGCCCAGGACAGCCCCCAUUCCAGGGAUAUCCAGGCCAGCCACAGUAUGCCUGGCAGGGUGGACCCGCUCCUGGACCCAUGUAUGGGGAAGCCCCCAAAAAUACGGUGUAUGUGGUGGAGGACAGGAGAAGGGACGACACAGCGGACACCUGCCUGACGGCCUGCUGGACGGCGCUGUGCUGCUGCUGUCUCUGGGACAUGCUGACAUAACGUCCUCCUUCAUUUGCUCAGCCUCAUUAGUCUCCUGUAAGCCCCAAACCUCCUCAACCUUUCCCCCUUAUCUUCUUCUUCUUCUGCCUUAAAACCUGGCUCCGUCUCGCCUCUUCCUCCCUCCCUCCCCUCGUCGUCUCUGCUCUUCCUCCUCUUUCUCAAUAAACAAAAGCUCCGGUUUCUUCGGGAAGUCUCUCCGCUCAAUGUGAAGUCCUCGGCUCUGGUCCACCUGUCCACAAGUUGUCUUGUAGCGGUCUGCAACGGAGCUUCUUAACACCAACAUGAAUCUGAGGCGUUUCUUUCUUUUAUAAAUUGCACACCGACACUCAGUAAGAUGCACAUUAUACGUGCUUGUUCCUCCAGUGUACACGGAUCUCAGGCUUAUCUAGUAUGAAGUUCUUUGGCACUUUACAAUGAUUACCUCUGCAAGAAACAAAUCCUGUCUGCCUGCCUGCUUGCCUGUUGAACCCUGACCCCUUCGUCACCACUCUUCAGCUACAUUAGCAAACAAAGGACUACGCUCCCAUCAGGGGGCUCCGUUCCCAAAUUUCACCCCGACCCCGGCUGCUAAUGAGCUACAGGAGGGUUGAUGUUUAGAAACUUGAAAUAUAUCCGUUUUAUUUUCACACUUUCACUUUUUUCUUCCCUGUUUUUUUUUUUUUUUUUUUGUGAAAAUAAAUGAAAUGCAUUUUUAAACAAAGGUAAUCUUUUGUUCUUUGACUAUUAACUUUUUAAUGGCUGCAAUGUAAUGUUGUGCUUUUAUUAUUAUAAAAAAUGAUUCUAAUAUUAUUUAUAAUUUGGACCUUGGAAAUAUAUCUGGAAACAUCGUAAAAAAAAUAACAACUGCACUUACUCAACUGAAGAAACCCUAUUAGUCUGUGGAUGCCUUUUUUUGUUUGUUUUUUGCUUCGAAUGAGUCUUUCAUUAAAAUUUAUUGCUAUAAUUAAA